AUUGGUGGAGUGUGGCCACUGGAUGCUAACACUGAACUUCAAGCUUGCAUAUCCACAAGUGCAUUAGAGAUUCCUACAGACAGCUCAUGCUGGGGCAUCAGAGGCCCUCAGGUGAGGAAAGAAGAGGCAGAACUCUAGGCAAUGUGUGUGAGUGGUCCACAUAGCCAUGGUAGAAAACAAGAGCAAGAUCCAGAAGAUUUGGAGAGUGCCUAAGAGGCACCCAGUACCAUCCACACACAAGUCCCAAGAAAGUCCCAGGACAGUGCAGUUGGAUGACUCACAGCCUCCUGCCACCAGAGAAGGGAGCCAGUGGGAAAGACUAAGGCAGGGCUCAUUUUCUAUAUAAAUACCAGCUAACAAGAGACUCUUCACCAGAUCCCAGAGGCUGAACAGCUCGACCUUCUCUGCACAGCAGGUCCAGCAUCCUUUGAAGCAUGAGUUCUUACCAGCAGAAGCAGACCUUUACCCCACCACCUCAGCUUCAACAGCAGCAGGUGAAACAACCCAGCCAGCCUCCACCUCAGGAAAUAUUUGUUCCCACAACCAAGGAGCCAUGCCACUCAAAGGUUCCACAACCUGGAAACACAAAGAUUCCAGAGCCAGGCUGUACCAACGUCCCUGAGCCAGGCUGUACCAAGGUCCCUGAGCCAGGUUGUACCAAGGUCCCUGAGCCAGGCUGUACCAAGGUCCCUGAGCCAGGUUGUACCAAGGUCCCUGAGCCAGGCUACACCAAGGUCCCUGAGCCAGGCAGCAUCAAGGUCCCUGACCAAGGCUUCAUCAAGUUUCCUGAGCCAGGCGCCAUCAAAGUCCCUGAGCAAGGAUACACCAAAGUUCCUGUGCCAGGCUACACAAAGGUACCAGAGCUACGUCCUUCAACGGUCACUCCAGGCCCAGCUCAGCAGAAGACCAAGCAGAAGUAAUUUCAUGCACAGACAAGCCCUUGAGAAGCCAACCACCAGAUGCUGGACACCCUCUUCCCAUCUGUUUCUGUGUCUUAAUUAUCUGUAGACCUUGUAAUCAGUACAUUGUCACCCCAAGCCAUAGUCUCGCUCUUAUUUGUAUCCUAAAAAUAUGUACUAUAAAGCUUUUGUUCACACACACUCUGAAGAAUCCUGUAAGCCCCUGAAUUAAGCAGAAAGUCUUCAUGGCUUUUCUGGUCUUCAGCUGCUCAGGGUUCAUCUGAAGAUUCGAAUGAAAAGAAAUGCAUGUUUCCUGCUCUGCCCUCAUUAAAUUGCUUUUAAUUCCA